AUGUGGCAGGUGGCAGUAGGACAGCCUAAUAUAUCUGACAGGAAUGCCGAAUUCGAGUACUCUGAUAUGACUGUUAAUGAAGUAAGGUGUAAUAAUAUAUUGGCAACGGGCGAUAAUGGUUUCAGUGUGUCAGAUAUGUCAUCUGGCAUGACGUGCACACUAGUAACAUUCUGCGAUCAAGGGUGUACCGGUAACUGGGAUGAUGAAACUACAGUGACAGGCAACACUGAUGUUGUUAAAUUAUCCCAUGCAGUCAGGAGUGUUGGAACUGUAUGUAAUAUGAAUGGGGAACCAGACUCAGGUAAGUUUAACAGAGAUGAGUUCAACCCAGAUUGCGAAGGUGAUACCGGUAUCUAA